GUCUGGUUUAAAACAGAUCAGGAAGCGCAAUGAGUUGUCUGCUGCUGCAUUUGAAUUAACUAAGCUCUGUCCCCAAACAUAGGUAGUUUCUUUCAACUGUAACACCAGCAGUAACAGUCACAGCUGUAAAACCAACAAGAGCUAUUUUAAGGGACAAACACCUGGAGCUCUCCAGGGUCUCUAGCAAGGUGUAGCAGCCAGAUUUAAAAUUUUAUGUUUUUGUUUUAUUACUCGUUUUGUUUAUUUAUUUUAAAUCCAGAUGGAUAAAAUAAACAUGGUUUCUUUCUUUAUGCUGAUGUUAAAUGUUUUAUGUUUACUACUAGAGUAAACUAUUGAUUUGCAACAAGUACUUAUCGUUUAAUGUGCUCUAUACAGUGUUUGAAGGAUGGUCAUUCUGUGAUGACACAUAUUGCAAUAGUAUCCAAAUCCACAACGCAACGUCAUUAUUAUUUUUGAACGAGUUGAGUUUUUUUAUCAUUAUUAUUUUUUGAAAAAGUUGAUAUUUUUUUGUCAACAAUGGAAGAUAACGUUUUACCAGAUUUUAAGGACAUCGAGACAAAGCUGGGGCGCAAAGUUCCUGAAAGUCUUGUAAGAUCAUUCAAAGAAGAGCGUCGGGAGACAAGGGACGAAAUACCUGCUUUAUCAACUACCUUCGUUAACGUGUCUGAAUCGAGUGCAUUGAAAAGCCUGGAGACCAAGAUGCAAGUUUUAAAACAAGAGAUGGCUCAUCUCAGGGCGAUAGACAUCAAGCUGAUGCACCAGUUGCUCUCAAUUAAUGAAGGCAUUGAGUCAAUCAAGUGGAUGAUGGAGGAGAAGGGUGCCAUAGCAAGCAGAGAGAGCAGUUUAGCCGGCAGUCUGUACAGUCUGUCAGAGAGCCAGGACACGUCCCUCCGAGGGAGCUGCAACAGCUUACAGGACGGCAGCGACGGACUCGAUGGCAUCUCAGUUGGCAGCUAUCUUGACACAUUGGAGGACGACAUUCCAGGCCACACUUCCCCAUCAGACCUAGAUCACUUCUCAGAAGGACCAAUAAUAGAUUCACUUGAUAGGCCUUCUUUGUAUAAAGACACUAAAAUCGAUUCUGAUGAGUACUACUGUUUUGGGAUGUGAACGAGUUUAAAUAAAGAGUAACAAACUUAUGCUAACUCUCAUCUAAUACUGUUUGUUAAUGUUUACUGCUCUUGCUGCUCAUUUUGUUUAUUUACGGUAUGUAACAGGGACCAGCCUUUAUAUGUAUAUGAUGUAUUAUACAAAGACGAGCCAUUGACCUGUUUUGUUUAAUUCCUUUUAAGUCCUCUUCGUCCAGCUAAUUUAGCUGAUGUGUGGGUGUUUUUCCAUUUGCAAUGUUGGUUUCAAAGUGCAGUUGUGAAGGAAACCAAUGUUUAUGCCAACAUACUCUACUCCAUUUUAAAACAUAAUAUGUGACUUUCAGAAAGUCUGUUUCACUGCAUUGUUCUUUUCAAUUUAACAGUGUAUUUGUGGUCAGUCAUGGUUUCAAAGCAUGUUAGCCAGUAGGGGAAGCUGCUGAUUAGUUAAUGGCAGAAACUGAGGCCUCAAAGGGUUGGGGGCAAAUACACACUGAAUGCGAAAUAGGCAAGGAAGUGCAGGUCCUCCCAGAUAUCAUGUUUUAAAUAAAAUGCAUACUUGAUAUUCUUCCGAAAACUGAACAUUUUAGCACAUGUAGCAAAUGUGAAUAUUGCAAACAUUUACAGAUGUGCUAGACUGUUUGCCAACUUGAAAAGGAACGGAAAUAAACAUUUGCAAGUGGAUAUUGUCAUUCAGAUUGGUUGUCUGUCAUUAUGAAUACUGAUUAUCAUAUUUCUUUUUUAAAUUCUGGGAAACUAAGUGGGGAGCAGAGUGCAAAAAUGCAAUCUUUGAAUUAUACUUAGGGCUUCUGAUUUUCAGUUUUAACCGAUAAAAAAACGAUAAAACAAAAAAAAAAUUGUGUAUAGCCAAUAAACACCGGUAAACACCAGAAAAACAGUGGAAAUGGUUACUCGAUUCACGUUGACCACCAUUAAAAAAUAAAACCUACUCCAAAAAAAAAAAUAAUAAUAAUACAUUUCCCAGGGCACUGGGGCAAUGUCCCACCUUCCUGACUUGUAUCAAUCAUUGAUUCGCUCUGAAUACAUUAAACCCGCCCCAACUACUGAGUGGCAGCACAUUCCUACAUUUCUAUUGGAGACUCCGCUUGCGAGAUUUAAAACGAGAUUACAAUUAGGAAUGGAGGCUUGUCGUGGGGUUGUGGAGAAAUGUAAAAAAAUGCCUACACAGAAAACCCCAGAAGAAUGUGCCCGUGACCAUAAGGAUUUCGUUGUGGAAGACAGCAAAGGAAAGAAGGUAUAACUUAAGUGUGCAAGUACUGUCGAGUUACCACUAUAUAUAUAUAUAUUGACAGAAAAAAACGGCAAAGAUUUUGGAAAGUAACCAAAAACAAUAACUUCAUACAGUAUAUAAAAAGGGAAAGCCACAAAAAAAUGAUUUACAUAAAACUCAAAAAUAGCUAAAAAUAAGCACCGAAACAUGAAAUUAAUAAAAAACGAAAAACAGAAGCUCUAAUUAUACUGUAGGUUUAUUUUUGUUUAUCCAAUAUUUGUAUUUAUUGUUUUGAUUUAUUAUAUAAUAGCUUGUAAUGUUUGUUUGUUUGUUUUUUUAAUAAACACCACGCCUUUUGUAAACAAUAAAUAAUAUAUUCAUUGGC